AUGCUUUCGACGGUUUGUGGUUCCGGAGCUGCAACUAUGAACAAUGGCCGGCAGAAGAAAGUUGAUCAUUCACGAGGACUUGAUUUCUAUUUGCCACCUCCAGACGAUCGCGAAUACCGGCGGGGGAGAAUACAGCGGCUACGCGACCAAAUAACCGCAUGGAAGGAUCCAAGUCGACCAUUUUCUGUCUCCGGCCCCAAUUCUAUGUUGGGGACGAAGGAGUUCAAGUGGCUGUCAACCCAAAGGAGUUGCUCUUCCGGACGCACGGCGAACAGCUGCGGCGCAGCCGCCGGAGGUGCAACAGGGUCGAAGUGCGGGAAGGCAGCACCACAACAACCGGAUAAUGUGUAUUUCCAUGACCACAUUGUUUUCUGUGUGCCCUCAGGUAAGGGUCAAACCGAGUCACGUGGUGGGGCUGACGGAAUGUGUUAUGGUGUUACUACGAACAAGGAAAGCAUGGCUGAGUGUGAACAAGGCCUUCAGCAGACCCAUGUUGGACAGCGGUCGGUGUCCACGCGCAGCAUUGGGGCGAACUCUGUUGGCAUUUCAAGAGCCGAUGGCGACAAGCAAGGGACAAUGCGUUCUGAUUAUCGUUCAUGUGCAACUUCUCCAACACCCGUGGCCACCCUUCAAAGCAUCAAGGCACAAAGCGUCGAUCUCGCCUCCUCUGUUCAUGAGGCUCGGAUGCAAUGCAGACAGGGGGACUUCCCUACACCCCAUAGUUCCCAACAACAACUAUUCAUGCGCACAAUGGAACUUCCAAUUGAUUGGGGGGAGUACACACGUAACUCGAAGGGCACCACUUGUGCGUCGCGUGGUGAUCAAUCCGUUCCAAAGUUCGAUACGAUUCAUUCGUGCGGGCCUGAUGUGAGUUCCGUCUGUUUUGUGAACACUUUUACGGGAAGUAAUGCAUCUUCUCUCGGAUUGGAAGGCCGAGCUACAGGAAUAAAAGGGGAGAGCACUCUUAGAUCUGCCGCAACACUGCAUAACAACGCCCGCCGGCCGUUGCGCCUUUACUCCAUUCAGUUGAAGGAUUUUCAUCCAAGCAGGACAUCGACUAUCACCCCCGGCGCGGAUGCACCGCGGAACGGCAUACGCGUAAAACUGAAAUCAUAA